CCUAGAAGUGAACGGUGCUCAAGCUGUGCUUCGACCGCACUAGCACGCUCGAGACAUCACCGAUGUAUCAUGAAGUGGCACUCAAGACUCAGAGCUCCUUCUGGGAUGCGAGCGGAGCUUUCACCCUCCAAGAUAGAGAACGUCGCACAGCAGCGAGCAGAGAAGGUGGCGCCUCAAGAACCCAACAACUCUUCCAUAGGAUCAUGCCAUCAAAGCAAUUGACGUUUCGCCGGUUCGUUUGAGUGUUUUCCACUGGCACAUUCUUCCUCUAGAUGGAAAAUUCUUCAUUCUCGCUGAUCAUAUCAUGGCGGGGAAGAAUAUAUGACGUGGCAAGGAAGAAAUGGUCGAUAUCGAGAACUGAAACGUCGGGUGAGCGUAGCCGUUCGUAGACCGAGGGCUAACUUUCGUCGCAGACAAGUACCACGAUUCCUCCUCCAGGCCUCCAAAAGUCAUCGAAAGAUGGACGAAGGCGCGAGGAGAUGCGAUGGGUAUAGCAUAUGUGCCAUGGAAGAGAAGUCUCAUACCCUCAAACGUGAGCGCUUCAGCACCACUCUGAGCCACAGUUCCGACAGAGUUGUGGCAUCCACGUCGGGUUAAUGCGCUACUCUGUCAGUCUUCGACCUUAAGGUCCAGACAUUUAAGGACCUCCUGACAUGGUGAGUCCGUUAUUGAAAUUGUACUGAGAUGCGGAUAUGUCGUGUAUUUAGCCACGAACGGUGCCACGGACGGACGAGAUGACUUGCGCGGUAACGAGGUUGGUGGUAGGAUGGAA